AUGGCAGAGCUUCUCGGUGUCGUCGCCGGCGGAGCUGGACUUGUUUCUCUGGCACUCCGGUUAGUCGAUGGCGGCCAGAGACUGCGGCAGCGCUACAAGAACGCCAAAGGCCUCGGAUAUAACAUCUCAUGGCUGAGUGAGGAUAUUGAGCUGAUCGGCAAGCAAUUAAUCCAACUCGAGGCCAGCGCAGGUAACAUUUUGCAAGAGCAGCUUGGCCCGAUCAUGAUGGGGAGAUGUCGGGAUCGGUCUGCCACUUUGGCAGAUCGUUUAGCAAACUUGGCUGGGGACAUACCAGGCAACUCGUCCAGAAGACAGAUUAUACGGAUUACGUUCAAGUCAAGUCAAUGGAAGAGUGAGCUUGGCGAACUUCAGGCCCUUGUAACUGGCCUCAAGCAAGACAUAUCACAGUACACUAUUCAUCCACUUAUCGGCAGUGAGCAGUAA